GUUGUGUUCAUCGUUUAUAUUAUUACUAUAUGUAUUUCCCAAUGAUACAGUCAGUUGAUGUAAUGGAAGUAUGCAAGUUUGAACAAAGUAUUUUCAAAUGGCGAAACAGAUAUUAUUGUAAAAUCUUAUCUAAAAACAAAUAUGCUUGCAAAGACACUAAUGAGUUUUGUCGUGUUGACGAUGUUUGCAUUCGACCAGACUACAUCUGUUGCACUCAGAGAAAACUAUUUCAAAUUGCUACCGGAAUCAAGUAAUGCACUACCGGUACUCGACAUCCCCGAAAAUCCUCCAAACGAAUACGAUCCCAAAGAGUCGGAUUUGGACCCAGAUAGACUUCGAGAAAAACUGGGGAUAUCUUACAAACCGGAUUUUAUGUCGCCUACUGAACCGGAUCCAUACAUGUACCCGAACGUCGGAACGUCUCCCCGUUUUGCCGAAAUCGAUAGAAAUAAUGUUCGGCCGUUUGGAAAAAUACCAUCGAGAUUCCGUAAAAUUGAUUUCAACCAACCCAAUGGGAAACCUGUCAUAAAACUCAGCAGAAGACAGAGGAGAAAAUUACAAGCAUGGCUGUGGCAGGCUACCACAUGUCCUGUCGUAUACAAAUGGAAAAACCUUGGCCAUCGAUUUUGGCCUCCCUGGAUCAGAGAAGGCCUUUGCGACACUUCUCGUUCAUGCUCAAUCCCUGCCGGAAUGGGUUGCCAGCCGUCAGACUCAGUCAUGAUUACAAUUCUUCGUUGGCAUUGCCAGGGAUUUAACAGCAAUAAAAUGCGUUAUUGUACUUGGAUAAAGGUUCAAUAUCCCAUUAUAUCUGAAUGUAAAUGCAAAUGCUGAAAUCGCAUUUCAAUUUCAGACUAUACCAAAAAGCACAAACGACCGAAAAGGUUGGCGCGGAAUGAAAUGUGCAAUAUUUCGCGGAGAAUGAUGAGUAAACGUAGUAAACACGUACAAGCUAAAUCAGCGAAGACUUUUACAAACGAAAGCACAAAUCCAAAUUGACUUCGGAAGCCGGGCGCCACGCUCCGUGGGAUUCCAGAUCUAAUUCUGAGCGAGAAUUACGAAACACAGCGGGGUUGACGGCGACGCGAUUUCCAUUAAUUAAAUCCGUAAAAUUUAAUUAUUACCCAAGUAUGAAUGCACAUAAAUGCGACUCUAGUUGCACUUUUAUCCCAAACUCUUCUUGUGCCCUGUGUACCGUUCCGUGAUUCUUUUUAUGGCAACAAAAAAGGGUUUACUUUCGCCAGCAAUACGUCUACAUACUAACAGCAAAAGAAUAUUAUUUUCUCAUUUAAGCAUUUAUCCAGAAUUUGACGUUUCAGUAAAGAUUAUUAGAAAUUUCCUUGAAUAUAAUUGCUUACAAUUGUUCAUACGUUUAUGUUAAAAAUAAUCACAAAGUUGAACCGAUAUUGUAGGGAAUCGAAAUCACAACAUGUUUAAAAUAAAAGUAGAAACUGUAAGACAAGUCUACUUACUACCUGCAUGAAAUACAAGUAUUUUAACAAAAACAGAUGCAACAGGGAGUUAGUGAAUUUGUUCGCAGAAGAAACCAUAAAUAAUACCCCAUACUCCAGGUACUGGGUAUAAAUUUGAGUUUUCUCCCAAAGCCGUGAACGAAAUUCUUCCCAUAUUGUGUGAUAUAAUUUUCAGUUCCAAGAAAAUACUUCCAAUACAUUUUCUGAUCAAGGUUUUACUUGAUGGAUAAACUUUAAUGUAGUUUUUGCAAGAUGUUCAAGCGAAUAAUAGGUAUUUUUGUAAAAUCACAAAAAUGACAUAUGUUCUGAUUAAAUCGACGUUUGUUUUAAUAAAUUAUCAAUUAACAAUUUGUUACAAUCUUACAUUCAACCUUUUUUCUAAUAUCCAUUUUCUAGCUUGAAUUCUGUUGAUUUUAUGUAGAAAUUAAGCACUUCUGUGCUAUGUUCUUAAUUCAAAGUUUAAGGCAACAAAUGCUUGUAUGGAAAAUUUUCGACCUGUAAAGCAAAUUGUUCAAAAUUUGAAAUUUGUUUAGUGAAAAUAAAUAAUAGAUAUAAGUGAGUAAACUACUCCUUCAAAAUACUAAUACCUUAACAUCACCCGAUAUUUAGAGUAAUAUUUUGCUGUGAUGCUUUUUUUAGCAAUUCAGCAUAGAGAUUCAGUGUUAUAGAUUACCGUUACCAAUUUCUUCAAAGAAUUCCUUAUAAUUAUUACAAAAGUUUUGUUACAUAAAUUUCCCCUUCUUGAGAUAUUACAAAGAUGUUUGCGAUUUAUUCAACCUAUUUUAUUAUCACGUUUUGUUUUACCUUAUCACUUUUGUUUCCUAAUUUCUUCAUUUUUUAUUAAGUUUUGUUUAUAUUCUCUGUAUUUAAAGUCUUCAACGUUUUUUCUUAUGGAAAAUGAAAUACUUAU